UUAACUGAAAAAUAAAUAUACAUAAUCUAAAUUUGUGGUCGGAAAGCUCAAUAUCUGCGGUUUUAUUAACAUAAUUUUACCAUGUAAUCCGCGAUCAAGUUUUAAAUGAAAAUAAAAACAAAUAAGCAGUGGAAUUAACCGUUUUGUAUCGUUUAAACAAAUUAAAAAAAAAAAAGUGAUCUUAGAUUGUAAAGAAAUAUUUCUUGAACAUCUAAAGUUACGUUUAUAUAAACGUUUUUCAACCAUGGCACAAACAACAACAACAGAAUCAACAAAAGUACUAACUUGGAUAAAUGCAGAGAAUUUUCAAAGUGUUUUCGAGGAAAAUGUUCCAGGAUAUAGAAAAACAUUAAACUUUGAAGUUAAAGAAACUGGCGGUGGUGGAGAGAAUUAUGCAUCGGUGAUGAUGAGAGUUAAAGCUAAAUUGGAACUUCAAGAUGGCUCCACAAAAGACAUUGCAUUUAUGAUCAAAACAAUUCCCGAAGGUGAACAAGGUGUUGCAGUUGUCCAAAUGAUGGGUUUAUUUCCAAAAGAGACUUUAAUGUAUGGCAAGUAUUUGCGGGAAUUCGAAGAAACUUAUCGAUCUGUCGGCAAAGAAGUCACAUUUGGUCCGAAAUUUUACAAACUUAAGAACGAUCCUGGUGCUGAGUAUGUUCUUUUGGAAGACAUUUCCCCAAAAGGAUUUAAAAAUGUGAAAAGACAAGAUGGUCUCGAUACGGACCAUACCAAAUCAGUUUUGAAAAUUUUAGCGGAACUACAUGCAGUUUCAGCUGUUCGAUUUGAACAAAAAGGCAAUUACGAAAAUUCCCUCAUGGUGAGUACUUUCAGGGAGGAUUCUCGGGAAAGUCUUGAAACGAUGUUGAAACCAUUGAUGAAGAUUUUAGUAAACUGCUUUAGCAAACACGAAACGGGGAUUAAAUAUUUGCCAAAACUGAAACCAUUUUUUGACAAAAUGGCAGAGAGAUACAUUGAGGACAGUAAACUUAAUUUAGAAGAUUUCAAUGUUAUUAUUCAUGGUGACUUAUGGACGAAUAACAUUAUGUUUCGACACAAUGAAGAAGGCAAACGGGAAGAGACAAUUCUAAUUGAUUAUCAAAUGAGUCGUUAUUCAAGUCCUGUUUUAGAUUUAUUCUACUUUUUGUUGUCUUCACCGAGCUUAGACAUUAAAGUGUCAUGUUUUGAUGAAUUUAUUCAAUACUAUCAUGAAAAUUUGGUAGAGAAUCUUAAAUUACUCAAGUAUCCAAAGAAGAUACCAACUUUGAAACAAUUGAGAAUGGAUUUGAUGAAAUAUAGUUUUUGGAGUAUUGCAAUAACAACUGGUGUUUUAACUGCUGUAUUAUUAGAUCCAACUGAAAAUGCUAGUAUGAAUAACUUUUUUGAGCAAAAUGAAGAAGCUAAAGAUUUUCAAACACAAUUGUAUGCCAAUCCAAGAUAUAUCAAGCAUUUGGAUGUUUUAUUGCCAUGGAUGGACAAAAUGGGAUAUUUAGAUGAUAAUUAAUAAGAGUGAACAUGUGUACAAAAAUUUGUAUUUAUUAAAUUGAAGUUGGCAACAUUGAAGUAGGCUUUUCUAUAAUACAAUUUCAUAAUUAAUUUAAUCACGUU